AUGCUGUCCUUCGCUGCAGGAGUCAUGAUCCUGGUCUCGUUCGUGGAGGUGUAUAACGAAGGGCUGGAACAGCUGCAAGACGGCAGCUAUUUAUCGGACGCGACGCUGGGCAAGGGGGCGGCCUUGUCCCUCUUCUUUCUCGGCUGGAUCAUCACCAGCGUCCUAGACGGCGCAUUACACCUCGCCACUGACUGGAGACAGUCCACAGCCGGAGGCACCGCCGUAAGGAAACCCUUGCCGACCAAACAGUUAUCUGGCAAGCAGUUAGAUGCGCAGUCGCUGGCUGCGGCGUCCGGGGCUGGCAGGAAGUCUCUGGAGACCUGCCUGCACGGGAGUUCGCCGGUGUGGGAAGGCGAGCAGUGGGAGGGUGGCCAGUGCGAUGGCCUUCACCAGACGCGCACGUCGCGGAACGGAAGCGCGAUUUACCCUGCGCACACGUGUGUGCGGCGCGAAUCAGCGCUGCGCCAAACAUUGACGUACGUGAUCCAGAGGCUGGGGAACUCGCCCGCGGUGGCGGCAGUGACUGGGCGCAAGGCUGUGAGCCCCUGGGAGCAGGAGCGGGUGCGCCGCGAGUUCGAGGAAGAGGCGGAGUCGAUGAAACACGUGGGCUACUUCACGGCCGCGGUUUUGGCUCUGCACAAUAUCCCCGAGGGCAUGGCCACUGGCGUCGCCUCCCACACAGCGGUUCGGGUGCAGCUGGCGCUGGCCAUCGGCAUCCACAACAUCCCCGAGGGCCUUGCCGUCGCCGUGCCCAUCUACUACGGCACCAAGAGCCGCUCUUGGGCCCUGCUCAUGACCUUUGUCUCCGGCAUGGCCGAGCCGUUCGGCGCCCUCCUGGUCAGCUUCAUCAGCCCCCGCAACCUAGGACCCGCCCUCCUCCUCACCGCCGGCAUCAUGGUCAACGUCGCCGUCAAGGAACUGCUUUACAAUGCCUGGCGCAACGACCCCGCAAACCAGGUCACGAGCGUCGCCUUUUUCUUCGGCAUGGCCGUCAUGGGCCUCAGCCUCAUCGCACUGAACCAGGUGCCCCUCGACUCCGCUCCGCCUCCGCUCCCCCUCCCCGUACUCUAA